AGCAUUAUUACUUUUAUCUUAUUUUAUUUUCAUUUAUUAUUAGUUUUUAAAAUAAACUCCUCCGCCUUUUUCCCUCCUCUCUCUCAAGUUUACUCACUCUCUUUUGCCGACCAAAUGAAAUCCCAAUAGCAGAACGCGACGCUCUCACACACUCUCUCAACUCUCUCUCUUUCUCGCUCUCUCUCUCCCUCUCUCCCACACACACACACACACACACAGAGACAAAUGCAAGACAUUUUCGGAUCAGUUCGUCGAUCACUGGUGUUCCGUACAGCAUCAGACACCGAAGAGUCUCCAGUAACCCUAGUGGACAAGAUCAAUUCCUGCAUUCGAAAAUCCAGAGUCUUCUCAAAACCCUCGCUGCCAUUGCCUUCAAUGCCCAAAGACAAUGCCCCUCCGAUCCGAUGGCGCAAGGGCGAGUUGAUCGGUUGCGGUGCCUUUGGCCGUGUCUACAUGGGCAUGAAUCUUGGUUCUGGAGAGCUUCUUGCUGUUAAACAGGUUCUUAUUGCAGCAAAUAGUGCUUCAAAGGAGAAAACACAGGCUCACAUCAAGGAGCUUGAGGAAGAAGUGAAGCUUCUAAAAAAUCUGUCUCAUCCAAACAUUGUGAGAUAUUUAGGUACAGUGAGGGAGGAGGAAACCUUGAAUAUUCUGUUGGAAUUUGUCCCUGGUGGGUCCAUAUCAUCGCUUUUGGGGAAAUUUGGAUCUUUCCCUGAGGCCGUAAUAAGAACAUACACCAAGCAGUUGUUACUGGGACUAGAAUAUUUGCACAAAAAUGGAAUCAUGCACAGGGACAUUAAGGGAGCAAAUAUCCUUGUUGAUAAUAAAGGAUGCAUUAAACUUGCAGAUUUUGGGGCAUCCAAACAGGUCGUUGAGCUGGCAACUAUUUCUGGUGCUAAGUCUAUGAAGGGUACACCAUACUGGAUGGCUCCUGAAGUUAUUCUUCAGACUGGUCAUAGCUUCUCUGCUGAUAUAUGGAGUGUUGGAUGUACUGUGAUUGAGAUGGCAACAGGAAAGCCUCCUUGGAGCCAACAGUACCAAGAGGUUGCUGCUCUCUUCCAUAUAGGGACAACAAAGUCUCAUCCACCAAUCCCUGAGCAUCUUUCCUUUGAGGCGAAAGAUUUUUUGCUAAAAUGCCUGCAAAAGGAACCAAAUUUGAGGCCAGUGGCGUCUGAGUUGCUUCAGCAUCCAUUUGUAACUGGGCAACAUAUGGAACCUCAUCCUGUUUUUCGUAAUUCUGUCAUGGAAGAAUCUGAAGUCCCAUCUCCAUCAUAUUCUGCAAACCUACACAUCUUCGAGAUGUCAACCUGCCCUGAUUCAGAUGAUAUGUGUAAUUUGGGUAGUUUGCAACACUCAACUUUACAUCCUAACAAGUUGUUGGGAAGUAGACAUGUUUGGGGAAGAAACAGCAGUGAUGAUGAUAUGUGUCAGAUUGAUGACAAAGACGAUACUAUGGUGGGCGAAGCAAAGCUCGGUUCUUCUUUGAUGCCCGACAACCUUAAGAGCUUUAACCCAAUGUGCGAGCCCACUGAUGAGUUGGGGUGCAAAUUUGGUGGAAGUUCAGAAACAGAACAAAAUGGAAUGAAUCUGGAUACAAAUCACCAAAUGGAUUUUCCUGCCAGCUGCUCUGGAACUAUUGGAGAGGGAGAAAAAGACUUUUCAUUUCCUUGCGGAACAUCACUUGCAGAGGAGGAUGAUGAACUUACUGAAUUAAAAAUUACGGCUUUUUUGGAUGAGAAGGCUCUAGAACUGAAAAAACUGCAAACACCAUUAUAUGAAGAGUUCUACAACAGCCUGAAUGUAGUGUGCUCUCCAAUUUUUUUGGAUAACUCGCCUGAUGAAACCACCUCAAGGUACUUGAAAUUACCUCCCAAAAGCAGAUCACCUAGUCGGGGUCCAAUUGGUACCCCAUCUGCAGUAGCUGAUUCUCUUAGUUCUGGAAGCCCUGGGAGUAAUGGCAGGCGUGUAUCAAAUAUUGGCAAUGGAAAUGAUCAAACUGCACAGGACAUGCCGUCACCUCCACUCAGUAAUUUGAAAGGUCUUGUAGUUGAUGGACAGCAAGAGCCAGGUAGUCCAAGUACUCGCAGUAUGAGCUUCUCUGAGAGAGAGAGGAAGUGGAAAGAAGAGCUUGAUCAAGAGCUUGAGAGAAAGCGAGAGAUGAUGCGGCAAGCAGGUGUAGGAGGGAAAUCAUCAUCUCCAAAGGAUCGAGCUUUAAAUAGGCAGAGAGAGCGAACUAGGUUUGCAUCUCCAGGCAAUUGAAGUAUGUGAGCUGGUCGUUGAGAUGGUAGUUGUAUCUUUCCUUGGGGAAUUCAUCCUUUGGAGUUGGAGUUUUGGAGAUAAAUAUACCUGGUGCACCAGUUUACCAGCUCCAUCCUCUCCAUGUGGGAAACAGCAGUGCUGCUGCAUCCGGUUCAAUUCCUCAUUGUGCAACCUAUAAUGAUGCCCUUGUAUGUUCUAUCAAAGGCCAAGCUAGUGAUUGCAAGCAGGGCUGCAUAAAGCAAUGAUCUCACGUUGGAUAUAAAUAUAUAGAUUCUUUUUGGGGGUUUUGGGGGGGAAUCAUACAGUGCAUAGAAAUUGUAUUAUUGAUGUAGUAAUCUGGAUCUAUGGCACAGGCUAGAUAGAUAGUAUACAAGAACUUGAUGCCACUUUUUUUAUGUGUGUUUUUUAUUCUUGUGAUUAAUGGAUUACAAAUGGUUUCCUGUGUGUGUAA